AUGGCAGGACUGGAAUCAAUGGUUGUUGAAGAGGUUAAGCCAGCGGAAAAGCCAGUGGAUAGAGAAAAGACAUGUCCCCUUCUUCUCCGGGUCUUCUGUGCCACGGGUCGACACAAUUCCCCUGGUGAUUACGCCAGAGGUGGUGUACCACAAAAUGAACUGCAGAUAUAUACAUGGAUGGAUGCUACAUUAAGAGAGCUAACUAGCCUAGUCAAAGAAGUAAACCCUGAGACUCGACGUAAAGGAACAUACUUUGAUUUUGCAAUAGUAUACCCAGAUAUGAGGACACCAACUUAUAGAAUGAGAGAGAUUGGUAUAACAUGUUCUGGUCAGAGAGGAAAUGAUGACAAUAAAACCUUAUCACAAGUGAAGUUUCAAAUUGGAAAUUAUUUAGAUAUCUCGAUUACUCCAGCUAAUAGAAUGCCUCACCAAAUGAGACGGCCUCAGCCUUACAUGAGUAAUCGCCCAUACUGA